AUGCUGACUAUCCGAACGAGGAUAAGGAGCACGUACUCGACCUACCAGCACUCUCGAGCACUCUCAAGCUCUGCCCACCUUUAUCACCAGCAGAACAGUCAAUUCAAUCGACCAUGGAAAGGAACCUACACCAAUGGCCAAAACACUAAGCUGUACACCGAUGGCCAAUUCGUCGACAGUCAAACUCACUCGUGGUUGGAUGUUCACAACCCUGCUACCCAAGAGGUCUUAACAAAAGUUCCUAAACCUACCACCCAAGAGCUCGAUCGGAUUGUCUCUCGUGCUCAGGAUGCUUAUCAUACGUGGAAAGAUACAUCCGUACUCAGUCGCCAACAAAUUAUGAUAAGAUUACAAGCCCUAAUCAAAGAGAACCAAGACGAUCUAGCGCGAUCGAUUGUAUUAGAGCAAGGAAAAACAUUCUCAGAUGCCCGCGGUGAUGUCCAUCGAGGUUUACAGGUCGUCGAAGCUGCUUGCUCAUUGCCUCAACUGUUGAUGGGCGAGAAACUUGAGGUAAGUAAGGAUAUGGAUACCGAGACUAGGAAGGCCCCUCUCGGAGUGACUGCGGCGAUUUGUCCAUUUAACUUCCCAGCAAUGAUCCCGCUUUGGAGUAUGCUUUCAGUUGCGUGUGGGAAUUCUUUGAUUCUGAAGCCAUCGGAAAGAGAUCCUGGUGCCAGCAUGAUGAUUGCUGAACUCGCCGAAAUGGCAGGUGUACCUGCCGGUGUUCUGAAUAUCGCACAUGGAGGAGUAGAGACGGUGAACUAUUUGUGCGACCAUCCCCAGAUCAAGGCGAUCUCCUUUGUCGGCUCCGAUCACGCCGGAAAACAUAUAUAUUCCAGAGCCGGCGCCGCUGGCAAAAGGGUCCAAGCUAACCUGGGUGCCAAGAAUCAUUGCGUGGUUAUGCCAGAUGCCUCGAAAAACUUAACUCUUAAUUCUAUUGCUGGUGCGGCCUUUGGAGCUGCUGGCCAAAGGUGUAUGGCCUUAUCCGUCAUGAUAACCGUCGGAGAGGCGUCUGAUUGGGUGGGUGAAUUAGUUGAGAGAGCUCGCAAAUUGAAGAUUGGGGAGGGAUUUCAAGAACAGACUGAAGUUGGACCCGUGAUCAGCCCUCAAUCAAAAGAAAGAAUCAUCUCGAUCAUCAAUGAAUCUGAGAACGAGGGUGCCAAAGUUUUACUCGAUGGCCGGCAAGUUGAGGUUCAGGGAUACCCUCAUGGUAAUUGGGUCGGACCCACAAUUCUCCAAGGCUCUCCAGGUAUGAAAUGUUAUGAGGAGGAAAUUUUCGGCCCCGUCUUGACGGUGGUCAGUGUUUCAAAUCUCGAUGAAGCGAUCGAACUGAUCAACCGAAACAAAUAUGGGAAUGGGACUGCGAUAUUCACCAGAGACGGGGCGGCUGCAAGGCGGUUCGAAAAGGAAGUCGAAGCCGGCCAAAUCGGGAUCAACGUUCCCGUUCCCGUGCCUCUGCCUAUGUUUGCCUGGAGUGGCAACAAGGAAAGCGUCCUAGGCGGACAUUCCUUGUAUGGAAAACUAGGUAUCGAGUUUUGGACGCAAAAUAAAACUACUACUGCCUUCUGGAGAUCAGCCGAUGCGGUUGGAAACCGAGCAGAUGUUUCUAUGCCUACUCAUCGCUAG